GCGGGGGAGCGGCGUGCGGGGGCGCGCUGGGUGAGCCGCGCCUGCGCUGGAUGAGUCGCGCCAAGGCCGAGGCGGCGGUGGCGGUAGCAGGAGGCGGCGGAGCGACGACUGCCCUCCAUCCCAACCAGCAUGAGUACCAAGCAGGUCACUUGCAGGUAUUUUAUGCAUGGUGUGUGUCGGGAAGGAAGCCAGUGCCUUUUUUCACAUGACCUGGCAAACAGCAAGCCGUCCACCAUCUGCAAGUACUAUCAGAAGGGCUACUGUGCCUAUGGAACUCGGUGCAGAUAUGAUCACACGAGGCCCUCUGCUGCCGCUGCUGGUGCUGCAGGCACCGUGCCCCACAGUGUGCCCUCCUCGGGUUUCCACAGUCCUUGCCCUCCUUCCGACCUCACCGCAUCUAUCGUGAAAACUAACUCACAUGAACCUGGGAAGCGCGAGAAGAGAACAUUGGUACUUCGAGACCGAAAUCUCUCUGGCAUGGCUGAAGAAAAGACUCACCCCAGCAUGGUGAGUAAUCCAGGCAGCUGCAGUGACCCUCAGACCAGCCCAGAGAUGAAGCCGCAUUCCUACCUGGAUGCCAUCAGGAGUGGCCUCGAUGACCUGGAAGCCAGCAGCCCCUACAGCAGCGAGCGGCAGCUGUGCCCCUAUGCGGCUGUCGGGGAGUGCCGGUUUGGGGAUGCCUGUGUCUACCUGCACGGGGAAGUGUGUGAAAUCUGUAGGCUGCGGGUACUGCACCCCUUCGAUCCAGAGCAGAGGAAAGCUCAUGAGAAGAUCUGCAUGUCCACCUUCGAACACGAGAUGGAAAAGGCCUUUGCCUUCCAGGCGAGUCAGGACAAAGUGUGCAGUAUCUGCAUGGAAGUGAUCCUUGAGAAGGCCUCUGCCUCGGAGAGGAGAUUUGGGAUCCUCUCCAACUGCAAUCACACGUACUGCUUGUCCUGCAUCCGGCAGUGGCGGUGUGCCACGGAGUUUGAAAACACAAUCAUUAAGUCUUGUCCAGAAUGCCGUGUGAUAUCAGAGUUUGUGAUUCCAAGUGUGUAUUGGGUGGAAGAUCAGAAUAAAAAGAACGAAUUGAUUGAAGCCUUCAAACAGGGGAUGGGAAAAAAAGCUUGUAAAUACUUUGAGCAAGGAAAGGGGACCUGCCCAUUUGGAAGCAAAUGCCUCUAUCGCCAUGCUUACCCCGACGGGCGGCUAGCGGAGCCCGAGAAACCUCGGAAACAACUCGAUUCUGAAGGCUCCGUGAGGUUCUUUAAUUCAGUGCGGCUCUGGGAUUUCAUCGAGAACCGAGAAAGCCGGCAUAUCCCCAACACUGAAGAUGUUGACAUGACAGAACUUGGGGACCUCUUCAUGCACCUUUCUGGAACGGAGUCAUCAGAACCCUAAAGAGUAAAUGGUCACCCCUGCAUCUUGGGCUCUGCCAGUCAAAACUUUCCCAAGUCAGGAGGUGUUGAGCUUCCUUGUGCCGUAGCUGGAGGUGGCGUGUGGCUUGGAUUUGAGUGGAGUGUACCUACCCUCUGGUCUCUGUUAUUACAGGCAUGGGAAGAGUGUAGGAUAUAAAAUAACCUGAUAAGUAUAUGGAAUUGCUAUUUUUAUAGUUAUACUUAGUUAUACUUCAAGCCCCUGGGGGGACCAGCUAACCAUUCAGUCUGUUGAGUGAUUGCUCCUAGAAAACCUGGCUCUUGUCCUUUUUGAUCUUUUUCUCCCUGCCCUUAAUAAGCAGCAUUUUCUUACCAAAGGAUCUUUAGCCCUAUAAAAGGAUUCCUCUAUGGUGAAUUUCUCUAAGUGUAUUUGAAUAGUAUGUUGUCAAAAUUCUGAUUUAUGUUGGUGGGGCUUGGAAAAAAGUUUUUUUCCCUGGUAGGGCAGUUCUUGAAGUUAAGGAGAAGUACUGGGUGGGGCUGUAGCAGUCCAGCCCUCCCGCCUGGUUGGCGUGGAGACGACCCCGCUCUCACCCGUGGGCUCGUGCCCACAGGGUCGUUGUUUUGAGGGGUCAGAACACACAUGUGCUUAUGAAACGUGUGCUUCAUACUCAAGCCAUCUUAUCUGUAAAACGGCUUUAAUUAGGAAUUUUGUAAAAAUCUCACAGCACCCAGGGAGGUUUCUGAUGUCAAGACUGAGGGCAAGUACAACCUUGUGAACCAGAACAAACUCAUUCCAAGCCUGAAUUUAUCUAUUUUUGUAAAAAAGAAAAACUGUACCAGAUAAUACCAAAUAUUCUAUAACAUGCAUUAAUUUUUUUUUUAGUAGUAACUCUUCUUCAGUAAAGGGUUAUAAAAAACAGACAAAGGCUAAAUAAAAUUCAUUCCCAGUUGA